AGUCCUCCCGUCUUGCGCCGCGGCCGCGAGAUCCGUGUUUCUCCCAAGAUGGUGGCGCUGGGCUCGGGGUGACUGCAGGAGACGCCAGGGCCUUUUCCCUUCGGCAGGACCCGACACACCAGGCUUCGCUCGCUCGCGCACCCCUCCGCCGCGUAGCCAUCCGCCAGCCCGGGUGCCCGCCAUCCGCCGCCUACUUACGCUUCACCUCUGCCGACCCGGCGCGCUCGGCUGCGGGCGGCGGCGCCUCCUUCGGCUCCUCCUCGGAAUAGCUCGCGGCCUGUAGCCCCUGGCAGGAGGGCCCCGCAGCCCCCCGGUGUGGACAGGCAGCGGCGGCUGGCGACGAACGCCGGAAUUUCGGCGGCUCCGGCGCCCCCUUUCCCGGCCUCGUUUUCCGGAUAAGGAAGCGCGGGUCCCGCAUGAGCCCCGGCGGUGGCGGCAGCGAAAGGGAACGAGGCGGUGGCGGGCGGAGGCGGCGGGCGAGGGCGACGACGACCAGUGAGGCGGCCGCCGCAGCCCAGGCGCGGGGGCGACGACAGGUUAAAAAUCUGUAAGAGCCUGAUUUUAGAAUUCACCAGCUCCUCAGAAGUUUGGCGAAAUAUGAGUUAUUAAGCCUACGCUCAGAUCAAGGUAGCAGCUAGACUGGUGUGACAACCUGUUUUUAAUCAGUGACUCAAAGCUGUGAUCACCCUGAUGUCACCGAAUGGCCACAGCUUGUAAAAGGUAAUUUUGAAUUAUUUUACAGCCUUUAAAAGGCUGUCAUUGUAAAGUGAAAUACAUACUGUAGAAAUGAAGACAAUGUAUAGUUGGCAGGAAUAUUGCUAAGAAUAGUGGGCCUGAGAGUUGACCUGCUUCAUUUAAUCUCCUUAAAAUAUUUUAGUGUCUUUUUUCUUACUAAAAAUAUCGGUAGCCACUAUCAAAGACCUAUCUGUAUGGAUAAACAGGAAAGUAUUUCUCAAAAAACUUCAAAGUUUUAAACAUUUUGCUAUAAACCUUAUAGAAAACAUGAAAAAUUUCUUAAUAUGUAUUUUAAAGUAUGCCUUUUAUGUGGUGAACGUUUUAACUAAACAUUUCUCUAGAAGUUUUUAUGACAUUAAUAAAACUAGUAUACUUUUCUCUCCUAGAGAGUUACAGUGGAGGUAAAAGGAGUGGCUUGCAGGAUGGAGAAGCUGCACCAGUGUUAUUGGAAGUGAGCCACCAUUUGAAUUUGCUAGCUCAUGCUGCAGUAUUCAGAUUAGUGGGCGUUUUGUGAUCAUAUUUUCUGUGAUUCAAAUCAAGACCUAAAAUUGAGACUCUUCUAAGAUUUAUUUUUUAUUAUCUAAUGUUACUUGGUUAUUGUUUCAGUUUUAAAAUUUCUCUUCUGACUUGUUAUUCUGACACACUUUAGGAUAACCUAAGUCAAUAGUUUAAUACAAAAAUUUCCCUUUGGUUAUAUGUUUUGAAUUAGAUUAUAUGUUCUGCAUUUACAAGCACAUACAGGAUUCUUACUUCCAGCAACUUGGCAGUAAAAGAAUAAGUAGACUCUUUAGGAGCCAAAGUCAAGCUUGGGAACUAUUACUAGGGGUAUGUAUUUCAUAGUUUAUGUUUGUUUGUUUCCAAGACAAGAUCUCACUCCGUUGCCCAUGCUGGAGUGCAGUGGCACGAUCACAGCUCACUGCAGCUUUGACUUCCUGGGCUCAAGUGACCCUCCCACCUCAGCCUCCCAAGUAGCUGGGACUAAAGGCGCCCACCACCAUACCUGGCUAAGAGACGAGGUUUCAUCAUGUUGCCCAGGCUGAUCUUGAACUCCUGAGCUCAAGUGAUCCUUAUGCCCGGACCUCCCAAAGUGCUGAGAUUACAGACAUGAACCACCACACCUAGCAUAUUUCAUAGUUUUGAGAGUUUGAAUUCUAACCUUGGGAUUUUUUCGGUAACUUAUUUAGACUAUUCUAGAAAUACACUGUUAUUAGGAUGAGUAGAAAUUUAUUCAGACAAAUUAUUAAUAUUCACUGCAAGAAAAAUGUCUGCUAGUUCUGUAUAUAUUCAUUUUUCUCUUGAUUAAAAAACAAUUUGCAAUUUGAAUAGAACAACUUUGCUAUGUUUAAUAGACCCAGGACAGAUUUGUUUUAAGGUAAUAAUCUUUCAGUCCUUGUCCUUCUUCUGUACGGGAUUGGUUUACUUAGUUUUUCUUAUCAAUGGUUUUUAAUAGCCUACUUUAAUAUAUGUAAAAAGUAGUAAUUAAUAUAUUACAGUUUGGUGACAUUUUGAUGCCAAAGUUCACAUAUUCUCUUGCUUAGGAAACAGAAAUUGGGAAGACAGAUAUAGUUAUCAUUUGAUAAUGUAUUUAAAUUCUAUCCCAUUUCAGGAUCUCAAAACUGUGUAACAGUUAACAUAUUGUACUUCUAAGACUUAGAUUUGUUUUCCUUCUUGUGUCUUACCUUUUUGCAGUAAUAUUUUUAUUUUCCUAUCAUCAUGUCCUCAUUUUUCCCCCCUCUUCUUCUCUUUCCCUGUUAAUUUUGAAAGUUUUGCUGCCUACGUGUUUGAAAGCUUCUAAUCUGCCUCUCUUCCCUCAGUGCCAGCAGGUUUAUUUUUUGUUUUGCAAGCCAGCUCUGCCUCCUUACAGUAUGACAUCUGAUGCUGGAGGGUCGCACUUUCAAAAAUGAGUCAGCUGGUACAUGGGGUUAUCAUCAAUUUUUAGCUCUUCUGUCUGGGAGAUACAAGUUUGGAAGCAAUCUUGGGGUACUUACCCACAAGGCUGGUGGAGACCAGAUCAGGAGAACCUCAGUCUGACGACAUUGAAGCUAGCCGAAUGAAGCGAGCAGCUGCAAAGCAUCUAAUAGAACGCUACUACCACCAGUUAACUGAGGGCUGUGGAAAUGAAGCCUGCACGAAUGAGUUUUGUGCUUCCUGUCCAACUUUUCUUCGUAUGGAUAAUAAUGCAGCAGCUAUUAAAGCCCUCGAGCUUUAUAAGAUUAAUGCAAAACUCUGUGAUCCUCAUCCCUCCAAGAAAGGAGCAAGCUCAGCUUACCUUGAGAACUCGAAAGGUGCCCCCAACAACUCCUGCUCUGAGAUAAAAAUGAACAAGAAAGGCACUAGAAUUGAUUUUAAAGAUGUGACUUACUUAACAGAAGAGAAGGUAUAUGAAAUUCUUGAAUUAUGUAGAGAAAGAGAGGAUUAUUCCCCUUUAAUUCGUGUUAUUGGAAGAGUUUUUUCUAGUGCUGAGGCGUUGGUACAGAGCUUCCGGAAAGUUAAACAACACACCAAGGAAGAACUGAAAUCUCUUCAAGCAAAAGAUGAAGACAAGGAUGAAGAUGAAAAGGAAAAAGCUGCAUGUUCUGCUGCUGCUAUGGAAGAAGACUCAGAAGCAUCUUCCUCAAGGAUAGGUGAUAGCUCACAGGGAGACAACAAUUUGCAAAAAGUAGGCCCCGAUGAUGUGUCUGUGGAUAUUGAUGCCAUUAGAAGGGUCUACACCAGAUUGCUGUCUAAUGAAAAAAUUGAAACUGCCUUUCUCAAUGCACUUGUAUAUUUGUCACCUAACGUGGAAUGUGACUUGACGUAUCACAAUGUAUACUCUCGAGAUCCUAAUUAUCUGAAUUUGUUCAUUAUCGUAAUGGAGAAUAGAAAUCUCCACAGUCCUGAAUAUCUGGAAAUGGCUUUGCCAUUAUUUUGCAAAGCAAUGAGCAAGCUACCCCUUGCAGCCCAAGGAAAACUGAUCAGACUGUGGUCUAAAUACAAUGCAGACCAGAUUCGGAGAAUGAUGGAGACAUUUCAGCAACUUAUUACUUACAAAGUCAUAAGCAAUGAAUUUAACAGUCGAAAUCUAGUGAAUGAUGAUGAUGCCAUUGUUGCUGCUUCGAAGUGCUUGAAAAUGGUUUACUAUGCAAAUGUAGUGGGAGGGGAAGUGGACACAAACCACAACGAAGAAGAUGAUGAAGAGCCCAUCCCUGAAUCCAGUGAGCUGACUCUUCAGGAGCUUUUGGGAGAAGAAAGAAGAAACAAGAAAGGUCCUCGAGUGGACCCCCUGGAAACUGAACUUGGUGUUAAAACCCUGGAUUGUCGAAAACCACUUAUCCCUUUUGAAGAGUUUAUUAAUGAACCACUGAAUGAGGUUCUAGAAAUGGAUAAAGAUUAUACUUUUUUCAAAGUAGAAACAGAGAACAAAUUCUCUUUUAUGACAUGUCCCUUUAUAUUAAAUGCUGUCACAAAGAAUUUGGGAUUAUAUUAUGACAAUAGAAUUCGCAUGUACAGUGAACGAAGAAUCACUGUUCUCUACAGCUUAGUUCAAGGACAGCAGUUGAAUCCAUAUUUGAGACUCAAAGUUAGACGUGACCAUAUCAUAGAUGAUGCACUUGUCCGGCUAGAGAUGAUCGCUAUGGAAAAUCCUGCAGACUUGAAGAAGCAGUUGUAUGUGGAAUUUGAAGGAGAACAAGGAGUUGAUGAAGGAGGUGUUUCCAAAGAAUUUUUUCAGCUGGUUGUGGAGGAAAUCUUCAAUCCAGAUAUUGGUAUGUUCACAUACGAUGAAUCUACAAAAUUGUUUUGGUUUAAUCCGUCUUCUUUUGAAACUGAGGGUCAGUUUACUCUGAUUGGCAUAGUACUGGGUCUGGCUAUUUACAAUAACUGUAUACUGGAUGUACAUUUUCCCAUGGUUGUCUACAGAAAGCUAAUGGGGAAAAAAGGAACUUUUCGUGACUUGGGAGACUCUCACCCAGUUCUGUAUCAGAGUUUAAAAGAUUUAUUGGAGUAUGAAGGGAAUGUGGAAGACGACAUGAUGAUCACUUUCCAGAUAUCACAGACAGAUCUUUUUGGUAACCCAAUGAUGUAUGAUCUAAAGGAAAAUGGUGAUAAAAUUCCAAUUACAAAUGAAAACAGGAAGGAAUUUGUCAAUCUUUAUUCUGACUACAUUCUCAAUAAAUCAGUAGAAAAACAGUUCAAGGCUUUUCGGAGAGGUUUUCAUAUGGUGACCAAUGAAUCUCCCUUAAAGUACUUAUUCAGACCAGAAGAAAUUGAAUUGCUUAUAUGUGGAAGCCGGAAUCUAGAUUUCCAAGCAUUAGAAGAAACUACAGAAUAUGAUGGUGGCUAUACCAGGGACUCUGUUCUGAUUAGGGAGUUCUGGGAAAUCGUUCAUUCAUUUACAGAUGAACAGAAAAGACUCUUCUUGCAGUUUACAACGGGCACAGACAGAGCACCUGUGGGAGGACUAGGAAAAUUAAAGAUGAUUAUAGCCAAAAAUGGCCCAGACACAGAAAGGUUACCUACAUCUCAUACUUGCUUUAAUGUGCUUUUACUUCCGGAAUAUUCAAGCAAAGAAAAACUUAAAGAGAGAUUGUUGAAGGCCAUCACGUAUGCCAAAGGAUUUGGCAUGCUGUAAAACAAAACAAAAUAAAACAAAAAAAGGAGGAAAAAAAAAAAGAAAAAAUUUUAAAAAUUUUAAAAAUAUAACAAGAGGGAUAAAUGUUUGGUGGUGAUAGUGUCCCAGUACAAAAAGGCUGUAAGAUAGUGAACCACAGUAGUCACCUCUGUCUGUGCCUCCCUUCUUUAUUGGGGACGUGUGGGCUGGAACAGCAGAUUUCAGCUACAUAUAUGAACAAAUCCUUUAUUAUUAUUAUAAUUAUUUUUUUGCGUGAAAGUGUUACAUAUUCUUUCACUUGUAUGUACAGAGAGGUUUUUCUGAAUAUUUAUUUUAAGGGUUAAAUCACUUUUGCUUGUGUUUAUUACUGCUUGAGGUUGAGCCUUUUGAGUAUUUAAAAAAUAUAUACCAACAGAACUACUCUCCCGAGGAAAAUAUUGCCACCAUUUGUAGACCAUGUAACCUUCAAGUAUGUGCUACUUUUUUGUCCCUGUAUCUAACCCAAAUCAGGAACUGUAUUUUUUUUUUUUUAAUGAUUUGCUUUUGAAACUUGAAGUCUUUGAAACAGUGUGAUGCAAUUACUGCUGUUCUAGCCCCCAAAAAGAGUUUUCUGUGCAAAAUCUUGAGAAUCAAUAAAGAUGGAAGGGAGAAAUUGGAAUGUUUUAACUGCAGCCCUCAGAACUUUAGUAACAGCACAACAAAUUAAAAAAACAACUCAUGCCACAGUAUAUUGUCUUCAUGUGUCUUGCAAUGAACUGUUUCAGUAGCCAAUCCUCUUUCUUAGUAUAUGAAAGGACAGGGAUUUUUGUUCUUGUUGUUCUUGUUAUUUUAAGUUUACUGGGGAAAGUGCAUUUGGCCAAAUGAAAUGGUAGUCAAGCCUAUUGCAACAAAGUUAGGAAGUUUGUUGUUUAUUAUAAACAAAAAGCAUGUGAAAGUGCACUUAAGAUAGAGUUUUUAUUAAUUACUUAUUACCUAGAUUUUAAAUAGACAAUCCAAAGUCUCCCCUUCGUGUUGCCAUCAUCUUGUUGAAUCAGCCAUUUUAUCGAGGCACGUGAUCAGUGUUGCAACAUAAUGAAAAAGAUGGCUACUGUGCCUUGUGUUACUUAAUCAUACAGUAAGCUGACCUGGAAAUGAAUGAAACUAUUACUCCUAAGAAUUACAUUGUAUAGCCCCACAGGUUAAAUUUAAUUCAAAACAUGUUAAACAUUACUUUCAUGUACUAUGGAAAAGUACAAGUAGGUUUACAUUACUGGAUUUUCAGAAGUAAGUAGUUUCCCCUUUCCUAGUCUUCUGUGUAUGUGAUGUUAAUUUCUUUUAUUGCAUUAUAAAAUAAAAGGAUUAUGUAUUUUUAACUAAGGUGAGACAUUGAUAUAUCCUUUUGCUACAAGCUAUAGCUAACGUGCUGAGCUUGUGCCUUGGUGAUUGUUUUAACUGAUUACUGUAGAUCAACCUGAUGAUUUGUUUGAAAUUGGCAGGAAAAAUGCAGCUUUCAAAUCAUUGGGGGGAGAAAAAGGAUGUCUUUCAGGAUUAUUUUAAUUUUUUUCAUAAUUGAGACAAAACUGUUAUGUACCAUAAUGCUAAAUAAAACUGUGGCACUUUUCACCAUAAUUUAGUGGAAAAAGAAGACAAUGCUUUCCAUAUUGUGAUAAGGUAACAUGCGGUUUUUCUGGGCCAGCCUUUAGAACACUGUUAAGGUACGUACGCUACCUUGAUGAAAGGGACCUUCGUGCAACUGUAGUCAUCUUAAAGGCUUCUCAUCCACUGUGCUUCUUAAUGUGUAAUUAAAGUGAGGAGAAAUUAAAUACUCUGAGGGCGUUUUAUAUAAUAAAUUCGUGAAGAAA